AGAGCAGAUCGUUUGCUCUGAGCCUAAGAGUUUAUUUAAGCCAAACUUAGAAUGGAUCACUAAAGUGUCUAGAGUUCAAUCGACAAAGCUCAGCACUUCAUCGUAUCACACUCAACGAAGCAGAAUGAAUGCCGCCUAAGAGAGGACGCCCUGCGAAAAACAAUAACAAUCGCAGAAACCGUAACGCUGUACCCGAAGAACCACAAGAUGCUCGAGGACAUAACCCAUCCCCUCCGCCUCCGACUAGGAGAGUCGAAGAACUCUUUUUAAGGCAAAAUCCACCUACGUUUGACGGAACGAGUGAACCGGCUGAAGCUGAGAUUUGGGUGCGUGCAAUGGAACGCAUUUUCAACUUUCUACGUUGUACUGAUGAGGAGCGCCUAUCUUGCGUCUCUUUCCAACUAACAGGAUCAGCUGACUUCUGGUGGGAAGCACGUCGAAAAAUUCUGACACCUGAACAAUGGGCAAGUUAUACUUGGGAAGAUUUUAAGACGGGAUUAUAUGAUAAAUAUAUUCCGAAAAGCUAUAGGAAGAAGAAAGAAGCUGAGUUCUACGAGUUGAAGCAAGGAAAUAAAUCUGUGGUUGAAUACGACAAGGAAUUCUGCAACCUGUCUAGGUUUGCUCCGCAACAAGUGGACACAGAUGAGAAGAUGGCAGAGAAAUUUUGUGCCGGUCUACGGUACGAAAUUAAGAUGGCUCUAGCAAGCCACGGAGGACUCUCAUACACGGAGUCUCUGAACAGGGCACUUGACGUUGAAGCUGCAAUGCCGUCGGACAAGUCAGCCCCAUUGUUGAUCUCAACGCCAAAUGAUCCACCAGUAGCCUCACAUACUCUCAAAGGGAAGCGCAAGUGGGACAACAACGAAGACAAUAUCAAUCAGACUAGUAAGAAAGUGUGGCAAGAAUAUGAACGGGCCGAACAGUUUAUUCAACCAAGGCACGAGGCACAGACUAACCUCGAGCGAACUGGGGGUAACCAAGGUCAGAAAGGAGUUUUACCUUGCCCAAAUUGUGGUAAGAUGCAUAGGGGUAUUUGUCGGGCUGGAACUAACGGUUGUUACAAUUGUGGCCAAAAAGGUCACUACUCCACGCAAUGCCCCAAUAGACAACGAGGUUCAGCAGUUGGGAACACCCGCACCCCCUUGCCAGCAAUACGUGGACACUUGCGAAAUCAGCCUCAAUCACAUCAGUGAAAAUCUUAUGGAGACACCGCAGACAAGAAAAGCUACGUGGGAGCUUGAAAACAAGAUGAAGGAAAAAUACCCCGAAUUGUUUUAGCAGAGAUAUGCAAAUUUCGGGACGAAAUUUUUGUUAAGAGGGGUAGUAUGUAGUAGCCCGCUCUUUUAUUUAUGAUAAAAACUAGUAAAUGCAAUUUUUUAUAAAUGAAUCCAGUUUAUGGUUCUGAUUUUUUUAUCA